AUGGAAAAGUCCCGCACCAGCGUGCUGGAUGGAUAUGAUGUACUGGAUGGUGCAGUCUCACAUGCGUUACCUUCUUUCCUCCUCUAUUUAAUGGGACCGUUUUCUGGGGCUGGAACCCUACAGUCAAGGAAAUUUUCUGAAGCACACAUGGCAUCCUUUGACUAG